GCACACAGUUCUCGCAAGGAACCGAAAACAGAGAGGCAAGAAAAAGAAAACGGAAAACCCCCCGCCCAGCCCAACCACUUCACUCCUCCCACUCCAGUACUCGACUCCACCACACUCCAGUCCAGUCCAGUACACUCCGCACACGCGUGCCACAGGGAUCAUGCGAAGCCUCAAGAACGUCGCCUCCUCCUCCUCUAGCGGCGUCUCUCGGUUGUAGGAGACGCUCGUCGUCUUUGGACGGAUCGGAGCUUGGGGGAGGAAGGCGACAACCAUGGUGCCGAUGGUCCUGGGUCACAAGACGGGCGGCCACACCGACGACGCCAAGUGCCAUCACCGGAGGCACAGCACCGAGCAACCCCACCUCUCCCCAUUACCCUUCCCCCGGCCACCCCUCUCCUCCUGAUCAUCACGCCUUUCUCUGCUUCUUCCAUUUGAUCUUUGUGACAACGUCGUCCUCCUCCCGCUACUCUUCGAAUCUUUUGUGAAUUUCACGUCGUGAGACAGUAGGGAUUGAAGCAUGAGAAGUCCAGCAGCGCUUCUCCCGGUGGUUGCAGAUGGUGGUGGUGGUGUUGGGGUGGAGGAGGAGAUGGAUGUGGACGAGGACAUGGCGAUGUGCGGCGGCCGCGGCGGCGGCGGCGGGGAGAAGAAGCGGCGGCUGAGCGUGGAGCAGGUGCGCGCGCUGGAGCGGAGCUUCGAGACGGAGAACAAGCUGGAGCCGGAGCGGAAGGCGCGGCUGGCGCGCGACCUCGGGCUGCAGCCGCGCCAGGUCGCCGUCUGGUUCCAGAACCGCCGCGCGCGGUGGAAGACCAAGCAGCUCGAGCGCGACUACGCCGCGCUCCGCCAAUCCUACGACGCGCUCCGCGCCGACCACGACGCGCUUCGCCGCGACAAGGACGCCCUCCUCGCCGAGAUCAAGGAGCUGAAGGGGAAGCUCGGCGACGAGGACGCCGCGGCGAGCUUCUCGUCGGUGAAGGAGGAGGAGGACCCGGCGGCGUCCGACGCCGACCCCCCGGCCACCGGCGCGCCGCAGGGCUCGUCCGAGAGCGACUCGAGCGCGGUGCUGAACGACGCGGAGAUCCUUCCACACAAGCCAGCGCCGGCGGCCGCCGCCGACGCCGCGGCCUCGGAGGAGACGGAGGCGGUGGUGACCGGCGCCGCGCUGCUCCACCACGCCGAGGUGUUCUUCCACGGGCAGCUUCUCAAGGUGGACGACGACGAGGCGGCGUUCCUAGGCGACGACGGCGCGGCGUGCGGCGGCUUCUUCGCCGACGAGCAUCUCCCGUCGCUGCCGUGGUGGGCCGAGCCCACCGAGCAAUGGACGACCUAGCUAGCCGCGAAAACUUUGCUUACUUGGCUGGGGCGAAUAAACAAUUCCGUAGGGGGUUUUCUGCAAAUUUUUGUAAAAUGAAAUUGUACCUAGUCCUUUUUUGUCAAAAUCCUCCCCCUCUAGUACGUGGGCCACGUGGCCGGUGAGCUAGAAAUGGCACUCCUGGCUUUCUCUGGCUCAAGCAGCGAACGAUGCAGAAAGGGGAGCCAAGGGAGAUUCGUGGGAAACGCAGGGGAAAUUCCGCAAAAGUAGCGGGAGAGAAAAAAGUGACAGUAGUGUACUCCGUAGUGUGGAGGAAGGCAACGGCGGCAGCGCUGGAGGGAACAGUGUCGCUGUCGGUGGGCCCGGCGCCACGUGAAAAGCAGACUUGUCGCUGACAGCGAUUCCUGGCGUCUGCCUAGUGUGUCUACGCAAAAAGCCUUGCCACACUUGCCCUCCUUUCCUGGCCACAAGAGUGUAGUUCCUCUCACAAGUUCUUUUGUUUGUGAAUUUUUUUUUGCAAAACCAUCUAAAAUAUCAAUAAAAAAAAUCCGAUUUGGCACAAACAAAA